UAAUCCUAGAUGAGACCUCAUCAAGUGCUGGCAAGAAAUUCAUGGUUGGUUUCCCAAGAAAUUUGGGUAACGAUUUGUUUUUGUUGAUUACAAACCCAGAGUCAAGUGCUGUUAAUUUCACAGUCACUCCAAUUAAUAUCAGUGGGAACAUUUCUAACUCUUCCACUAGGGCAAACGUUCCAUCCAGUUUUGAGGUUUUAUCUGUCAAUGAAAGGAACAAGGGGAUCCUUGUUGAAGCCGAUGGAAACAUCAAUUUGUAUGGGAUAUCUUUUAGUUCAUUUACUGCAGAUGCUUAUUUAGCGUUACCAUGUUCUGAAAUGGCAGUGGAUGAAUACGAGUAUUAUGGAAUCUCCUAUGACACCGUUAGUAGUAGCUUUCCUAGUGUGAUUUUGUUGGUGGCUUGUGAAAAUAAAACUGUUGUAAAAUUCAAUUCCUUAACAAUAACACUCAAUAGUAUGGAAACAUAUCAGAUUGAAAGUGUUAAUGAUCUCACAGGAACAAGAAUAACUAGCUCCAAACCUUUGUCUGUGUUUAGUGGAUCUGAUUGUGCUAAUGUUCCUCCAAGUAUAGGCGGCUGUGAUCACUUGGUUGAACAAGUGCCUCCGACUGUGACAUGGGGCUCAAAAUUCCUCGUGGCUUCUCUCGAGGGUAGAUCUUCUGGUGAACGUGUUCGUGUUCUUAGUGCCCGAGCAGCAAGCGUAGCUGUGAACUGCAACACUGUUGUAUCAGUCAGUGAAUUCCAGUUACAGAGUGGAGGGAGCUUCAGAGAAUUUGAAAUCCCUAUUAACAGUUUCUGUAGCAUUGAAUCCACUUCUCCAGUACUGGUCGCACAGUAUGCGUAUGGUUUUGCGAGUGAUGGUAUGGGAGACCCAUUCAUGAUGAUAAUCCCUCCAAUUGAGCAGUUUACAAAUAACUACUUCGUUGAAGCGUUUCCUAUUUUCGUAUCCAACUAUGUCACGGUGUAUGUUUCUUCUGAGUUUUUUCAAACUGCACAACUAUUAUUAGACAAUUCCAUUGUUACUGGCUGGAGGAAUGUUGUCUGUUCAAGUGGAGAGAUUUGUGGCCACAUAAGUAGAAUGAGUGUGUCUCCUGGAACUCAUUCUAUCCACCAUCAAAACAGCUCAGCCGUUCUAGGUGUUUCAGUGUAUGGAUUCUCUUUCACUUCUUAUGGUUACCCUGGAGGCAUGAGAUUAUCUCCCAUACAAUGCAACUGUGGUCAAAAUUCUAUUUGUUUGCAUAACAUGGGACAAUUCAACUGUAGCUGCUUGAAUGGCUUUGCAGUUUCAUUAUCUGGAACUGAUGAAGUCGUCUGUAAUGCUAUAACCUGCCCUCCUUUGACUGCUCCUACCAAUGGCUCUGUGACAUCUUCUUCUGAUGAAAACGGCAACUAUGUUUUCAAUGCAAUGGCUAACCACAGUUGUGAAACUGGGUUUGUUCUGGUUGGUAACAACACAAGGACUUGCACUGGAGAUGGUAGCAGCACUACCGGUGUAUUUGAUGGAGUAGCAGCAAUUUGUGAAUCUAUAACCUGUCCUCCCUUGACUGCUCCUGUCAAUGGAUUUGUGACAUACAGUAGUUCUACUUCUGAUGAAAACGGCAACUAUGCUUUCAAUGCAAUGGCUAACCACAGUUGUGAUACUGGGUUUGUUCUGGUUGGUAACAACACAAGGACUUGCACUGGAGAUGGUAGCAGCACUACCGGUGUUUUUGAUGGAGAAGCAGCAACUUGUGAAUCUAUAACCUGUCCUCCUUUGACUGCUCCUACCAAUGGCUCUGUGACAUACAGUAGUUCUACUUCUGAUGAAAAGGGCAACUAUGCUUUCAAUGCAAUGGCUAACCACGGUUGUGACACUGGGUUUGUUCUGGUUGGUAACAACACAAGGACUUGCACUGGAGAUGGUAGCAGCACUACAGGUGUUUUUGAUGGAGAAACAGCAUUUUGUGAACUAAUCUGUGUCCUGCCCAUCCCUCCACUUAAUGGAGUGUUGCUCACCAACACUGACCAAACCGAGAGCUCAGUCAUUACCUUCCAAUGUGACCCUGGUUUUUCACUGGUGGGUACAGAGACUGCCACUUGUAACAACUCUGGUUUAUGGGAUCCUGACCCGGCUCUAUUGGAGUGUGUGGCAAUAACUGGUGCAUGGAUUGCUGCUCUAUCUGGAGGUGUUGUUGCUAUACUGGUGGUACUGAUCUUACUGGUCGUCAUAUUUUUCUUAGUAGUCACUAUCACAAAGAAAAGAAAAAAAACUAGACAACUGUCAGGCAAUGAAGUUCCAAUAGUCCCAGCUGUUCCAGUAUACGAGGAAGUGUACCUAGCAAUGACACCAAGAACACAAGACAUUCAAUUGGAGUCUAAUGAAGCUUAUGGACAAACAGCCAGGCAAAACAUUAAGUUGCAGUCAAAUCAAGCAUAUGGAGAAAUCAGAUACGUUAAGUACUUAGACUGAUAGAACGAACCUAAUUUUGGUACUCAAAUGAGUUUGUAUAAGAUAUUAGUAAUGCAAUGCAUAACUAUAGCGAUGUAAAAUAUGCACGUAUACAUACGCAAGAGAACACAAUGAUAACUUUCCACAACAAAAUUAAUAAUCUGGGAAAAAUA